CCAAUCCCUGUCCAACCUGGCCUUGAAUGCAAUAAGGAAAAUGCAUCCUUUGUCACCCAGAGCAGCCCCAGCUCCCCAGUGUCUGUAAUCAUUAACAGGUGUCUCACUGUCACCUUGGCACUGCUGUUUCUCUGUCCCUGCACACUGUGGGGCUGUGCUUGGCAGCAGGGCUCUGUAAACACAUGGAGCAAACAGGACAGGCUGGGCUGUGGCUGUGCCAUCACCUGCUCUGCGAUGAGAUUCAAUAUUUGUGAGGUGGGACUGCUUGGAAAAAAGUGCAUUAUCCAUAACCACUGCAGGUUUUAAAUUAACAGGAGUGCAAAUGACAGCCAGACAGGUUGUUGGGAGGUUUCCUGAGGGUGAUGCUUUCCUUGCAGAGGUUAAUGCAGAUGUUAAAUGCCCUCCUCCAGGCCUUAUCAGGCUGGGUUUUUCCAGGAUAAACACACCAACUCCGUGUGACGUGCGCCGUGUCCGGGUGCACACGCUGUGUAAACCCAGCAGUGAAGGCUGAGCAGAGCAAGUGAACAGCAGUGUAUUCACCCUGCCUGAAAUCCCUGAGGAAAAUCCCAUGGCAUGCUACAGGGGGAACAGCUAAUUAGAGAUUAAACCUGUUUAAUUCUGUUGUAGAUCUAUCUGCAGCCAUGAUGCCCGUGGCCACCGUGCUGCCCGAUGACACGCCCAUGUUCGACCCCAGGAUCCUGCAGGAGCUGGACUGGAGUGAGAACACCACCACCUUUUCUCCUGCUAUUUCUCCACUGGAUCCAGGGGAUGGGCUGGUCCUCAGACCACUUUGCACAGCUGAUUUAAAUCGAGGCUUUUUUAAGGUUCUGGGUCAGCUGACAGAAACUGGAGUGGUGAGCCCGGAGCAGUUCAUCAAAACCUUUGAGCACAUGAAGAGAUCUGGAGAUUACUACGUGACCGUGGUGGAGGACACAAACCUGGGGCAGAUCGUUGCUACGGCAACGCUGGUUAUAGAGCAUAAAUUCACUCACUCCUGUGCCAAGAGAGGCAGGAUAGAAGAUGUGGUGGUCAGCGGGGAGUGCAGAGGGAAGCAGCUUGGAAAACUAUUAACGUCCACCCUCACCUUGCUCAGUAAGAGACUGAACUGUUACAAAAUCACACUCGAGUGUCUGCCCAAAAAUGUGGAUUUCUACAAGAAGUUUGGCUAUUUGGUAUCUGAUGAAAACUACAUGUUUCAACGGUUCUUUAAUUAACAAUUUCUAGGUGUUUUGGGUUUUUUUUUUUUCCUGGAAAGACUGUUGGUGGAGGAACUUGUGCUACAAACAUUCUCUCCGUGGAAAAUUUCUAUAGUUUAUUGCUGCAGAUAUAACAAUCCCUAUAAAUAAUGAACAUCAAAUGUGUAAAUCUUGGAAAAAAAAAUUACUGAUGUUUUAGAAAGGGUCCUCUGGGUUAGAAAAUAAGUUUGGAACUAAUUUUUACUACUGUUGAGUCAAGGUGAAGCUUUUCUGUUCUAGCUGAGUUACAAAGGACUCGUUCAAGGGAUGGUUUUUAACCAAAGGUCUAUAUUUUUAUCUCAAAUUUUUUCUUGCAUUGUAUUUUUCUAAAGGUUUGUGCUUUUCUCAGUAGCCAAAGGACAGUCCCUGGGACUGUCCUGCUGGCUGUGCUGAUGGAAGGAUGAGGUAGCUGGGAAGGGAUGAGGCUUCUCUUAUGCAGAAUUAGUGACACACAACAGGCCUUAGUUCUGGUUUUUUCCAUGACACCUCAUGGAAGUGCUGGUGAUGCAUCAGAAGUUUUAUAGGCACUGUUUUCCAAGACUGGAUUUAUUACUGUUGGUGCAGGUUGGGGAGAAUCCUUAAAGGCUGUGCUGAAUUCCCAGUCUAAAAAUGGAUGUGUGCUUCUGCACUUUAGCUGAUAACUUGGUUUUCAGGAUAAUUACUUUUUUUCUGAUAAAAACCCCAAAUGUGGUUUGCAGCAGGGCAGAGGGUAACUGGGAAACUGGAAUGUCUGUAUCCCAUAUGGAGUGGGGUUCUGGCUAGUGAUCAAUGGGGGGAGGGAAUUGGGAUGGGCAGAUUCAGCUACACCUGAGGGAGCUGGGGGUGUCCAGCCCAGAAAAGCCUUAGGGCCACUUCUGGUACCUACAAAGGAGAAGGGAGAGGGAAUUUUGUAUGGGCAGGACACAGGGAAUGGCUUCCACUGCCCCAGAGGGCAGGGAUGGA